AUGUGCAGAGUUACCUACCUGGUACUGGAACUAGUAUGCCUACUUGCAUCCAUUGGUCCUGCUAUCAGCGCGCCAUCACCAGGGACCGUCAGCUUCACCUUUGAAAAGCGCCGCGCGGGUUUGCAAGAUGUCUCUGGCCUGUACCGGCGCCAGCCCAAGACCGUCACCGCCAGCCUGUCCAACUUGGAUAUACUCUACGUCAUUAAUGUGACCGUUGGCACCCCCGGCCAAUCUUUGUCUCUACAGCUCGAUACCGGCUCUUCCGACCUCUGGUUUCCAUCCGCUCAAGCAGAAAUCUGUCAACAACAGCUUACAAAUUGCCCAUAUGGAACAUACGACGCCUCUGAAUCGUCAACUUACCUCAACCUCGACACAAAUGUUCCAGCUUUCGGGAUCCAGUAUAGCGACGGUUCUCAGGUCUCAGGAGUCUACCUCUCCGAUAACCUGAACAUUGGCGAGACCCAGCUGACAAACGUAACCAUGGCCGCCGCCACAACUCUAAACACAACGAGGGCCAUCGGCGUCAUGGGUGUUGGCUUUGCCUCAGGAGAAUCAGCGGCUGAGGCUGAUGAUUUUACAUAUCCUACUGUCAUUAAUGUAUUAAAGAACGAGGGCUUGAUCAAUGUCCUAGCAUACUCCUUAUGGCUAAACGACCCUGAUGCCAAUACCGGAUCGAUUCUUUUCGGCGGCGUGGAUACAGAAAAGUAUCAUGGCGAUCUUAUCUCUUUACCUAUCCAGCUCGACAGCCAAACUGGCAUUAUCGAUUCCUUCACCGUGGCGUGGACUGGCUUGACUAUUACCACAGGGGCCAAGAUAUCAGACCUUUCUCCGAGUGCCCCUCAACCGGCUAUCCUUGAUUCUGGUACCACCGACACUUUACUCCCAGAUGACGUCGUAAAUAACAUUUUUAACGGUAUAGGUGUCGUAACCGACCCACAGUACGGUAACGUCGUACCCUGCUCUAUCGCCGGCGACAACCUAACUUUUGCCUUCCAAUUUGGCGGUAAAGGUGGCCCGAUGAUCAAUGCCAGCUUAUCCAGAUUCGUUACUACGCUCGUGACCACCGACGGCUCUCAGCCAACGUUUGCAAAUGGAGAAGUAGCAUGUUCAUUCGCCAUCGGGAGUGCCGGGGCCAAUCCGAUCAUCUUUGGUGAUUCAUUCCUCCACAAUGCCUAUGUUGUGUACGAUUUGGAUAACCAACAGAUCGGCCUUGCCCAGGCAAUCUUGAAUUCCAGCACGGACAAGACAAAUGUCCAAGCAUUCUCAGUCGGCGGUGGCAUUCCAAACGUUGUGUCCACAGCCUCGAUGGCGAGUGUCGCUCAAACCGUCGGAACCCAAACCUCCGAGACGGCCCCAACUAACGGCGCGACUAGCAGAUCUGCAACUUUCCAAUUGACUCCAAUCACUACCGGCAGUGGCAGCAGCACUACGUCUACAGCGUCUGGCACAGCUCCUCCUGGCUCUAGCUCUGGCUCUAGCUCUAGCUCUGGCGUCAAAAUUGGAAUUGGUGUUGCCGUGCCAGUCGGUGUGAUUCUCAUUGCUGUGGUCCUGGGAAUCUUCCUUAUACGUCGCCGUCGCGGAGUGCGAAGCAAGGAACGGCAGAAGCAAGCGAGCCAGCGGGAUGACGGGCAUGCUGAGGAGGUUCAAGAAGGCCCGGAACAUCUAGAGACUUACCAUAGGAAGCCCGAACUCGAAGCGGAGCCUGUCAUUGAUCCCACAAUCAGAGGACCCGUCAAAAGGAAAUUCGAGUUGCGGAGUCAAGGGACAAUGGAAACCAGAGCAAUGGACGAUUCCAGAGCACCAGAUAUGGUCGAGAUACCAGAUACCAACACGCCAUGGAGCCAUGAGCCCAGAGACCACAUGCCCCAAGAACUGCCACCCAACCAAACGUCGGAAAUUAUGACAGGCAGUUUGACAGAGCAACGAAUGAAGCAGCUAAAGCAGCAAGCUAUGGAUUCUAACACGUCAACCUCAACAUCGACGGCGGUGCCAUCGUCCUCUGACCGGUUACUCAACCAGAAUUUAUCAACUGAAGAAUCCGAGCUAGCUGAAGAGGCCGAUUUAAUUGUUCAGGAAUUGGGUCUUCUCAGCCUACGCAGAAGGGCGUUAAUGACGCAAGCCAGCGCGGUAGGAAAAGUACCUGCAGACGUUGAAGGUCGGAAAGGAGAGGAGUACAGGGAAUUGGUCGAGCGGGAGGCGAGGCUGAAGCGACGACUGGAUGAAAUCGAACAUCAAAGACAAGGGUAA